CUUCUGUCGACUCCUUUGGGCCGCGUCUCUCGCGCCACGGUUCACCCGCGAGUCCACCACGGCGCUGCGCGCAACAGUCCGGAGGGCAGCGGCCAGUGCCAUGGCCCUGCGCGUGGGGCUUUGCCAAAUGACCGCACGCAACGACAAGGAGAUCAACUUCCAAAUCUGCCGAGAUCUCGUUUCGGAAGCCGCAAGCCAGGGCUGCACGUUGGUGGCGCUGCCCGAGUGCUUCGCCUUCAUCGGAGCUCAGAAAGGUGAAGCCCAGGCCGCCGCCGAAGCCCUCGAGGGGCCCACCAUGCACCGCUAUUGCGAGUUGGCGAAGGAGAAGCAGCUGUGGCUCUCUUUGGGAGGCUUUCAGGAGAAGGUGGAGGGCGAACCGGACGACAAGAUUCUCAACACUCACGUGAUCGUGAACUCCUUGGGCGAGAUCGCGUCCGUGUAUCGCAAGAUCCACCUCUUCGAUGCACCGUUUACCGGUCUGGUGGAGUCGCAGCAGACGGUCGCCGGGACGGAGGUCGUUUCUUGCGCAAGCCCCGUGGGACAGCUGGGCGUCACCGUGUGCUACGACGUUCGAUUCCCGGAGCUCUACCAGAAGUUGCGCUUCGAGCACGGUGCGGAGAUUUUGUUGGUGCCUUCAGCCUUUUCCAUGCCGACGGGCCGAGCGCACUGGGAGCUACUGAUGCGAACCAGAGCGGUCGAGACCCAGUGCUAUGUCAUCGCAGCAGCACAGGCAGGUCAGCACAAUGAGGACGGCAACAAGCGCUGCUCCUGGGGCCAUGCCAUGGCGGUGGAUCCUUGGGGCAAGGUUCUGGCGGAGUUCGACGGCAGCUCCACGGGCGUCCGAGUCGUGGAGGUGGACCAGAACGUGUUGCAGGAUGUCAGACAAAAGAUGCCGCUCGCCACGCAGCGUCGCUACGACAUCUACGGCCGGACCAGCUGAAGUCUUUGGAACAAGUCAUCGAUUGGGCGGAGCAGGGAAGCAGGGAACGGCGUGGGGAAACCACGCCGCAAAGAACUUGAGUAAAAGUAGUGGAUGGAAUGGGAUUCUCCCGAAAAGACCUUGCA